AUGGCUCCCCCGAUUCACUUCAUCACCGGCAAUGCGAACAAGCUGAAGGAAGUCAAAGCGAUCCUUGAGCCGCAGAUUGAGAUUGACAGCCAGUCGCUGGAUCUCGAGGAAAUCCAGGGAACGAUUGAAGAGGUUGCCGAGUCAAAAUGCCGUCGAGCUGCCGACUUGGUAAACGGCCCGGUGCUUGUUGAAGAUACGGCGCUCUGUUUUAAUGCUCUCGGAGGCCUACCCGGGCCUUACAUCAAAUGGUUCCUGGAUAAGACUGGCCACCAAGGGCUCAACAACCUUCUUGCGGCGUACGAAGAUAAAUCCGCAGAGGCUGUUUGCACGUUUGCAUACUCGCCAGGACCUGGCCGCGACCCAAUCAUCUUCCAAGGACGGACGCCGGGUCGCAUUGUACCUGCACGAGGCCCUUCGAAGUUUGGCUGGGACCCGGUAUUUGAGUUUGAAGGGAAAACCUAUGCCGAGAUGGAGUCUGCGGAGAAGAAUAAGAUAUCGCAUCGUGCUCGAGCUCUAAAGAAGCUGCAGGCAUGGUUUGAAAGCCAGCAGGAAACAGCAUAG